UCAGACCAUGUUGCUGGAGAAACUCAGGGUGGCGAAGCGUCCGUCCAACGAGUCGACCUUCAACGUGUUCUACUAUCUCCUGGCCUGUCCGGACAACGCCUUACGGACCGAGUUGCACUUCAACCACCUGGCUGAGAACAACGUCUUUGGCAUCGUGCCGCUGUCCAAGCCGGAGGAGAAACAGAAAGCGGCCCAGCAGUUCAGCAAACUGCAAGCAGCCAUGAAGGUGAUGGGUAUCUCUGGUGAGGAACAGAAGGCCUUCUGGCUCGUCCUGGGAGCCAUUUGCCACCUGGGGGCGGCUGGAGCCACCAAAGGUACGUGGGUGGGGGGGAAUGACACCCACGUAGCAUUUUAGAAACCAUCCCACAAGGCUCGGAGACUGAACCUUCACCCUCCUCCUACA